GGAGGUCAGGGGUCAGCAGGAAGUCGAUACGUGGCCGCCGCCUGUCCCCGCUGAGGAGGCGCAGCAGCCGGAGAUGGCGGCGGUGCUGAACGCAGAGCGGCUCGAGGUCUCUGUCGACGGCCUCACGCUCAGCCCGGACCCGGAGGAGCGGCCCGGCGCGGAGGGAGCCCCGCUGCUGCCGCCGCCGCUACCGCCGCCCUCGACUCCCGGGGCUGGCCGGGGCCCGGGCGCCGCCGGGGAGCAGUCGGAAUCCGGGGAGGCGGCGGCUGGGGGCGCGGCGGAGGAGGCGCGGCGGCUGGAGCAGCGCUGGGGCUUCGGCCUGGAGGAGCUGUACGGCCUGGCGCUGCGCUUCUUCAAAGAAAAGGAUGGCAAAGCAUUUCAUCCAACCUAUGAAGAAAAACUGAAGCUUGUGGCACUGCAUAAGCAGGUUCUUAUGGGUCCGUAUAAUCCAGACACUUGUCCCGAGGUUGGAUUCUUUGAUGUGUUGGGGAAUGACAGGAGAAGAGAAUGGGCAGCCCUUGGAAACAUGUCUAAAGAGGAUGCGAUGAUCGAAUUUGUCAAGCUUCUCAAUAGAUGUUGCCAUCUAUUUUCAACAUAUGUUACAUCCCACAAAAUAGAGAAAGAAGAACAAGAGAAAAAAAGGAAGGAAGAGGAGGAGAGAAGGCGCCUUGAAGAGGAAGAAAGAGAACGUCUACAAAAAGAGGAAGAAAAACGUAGGAAAGAAGAAGAGGAAAGACUUAGACGGGAAGAAGAAGAGAGAAGGCGAAUAGAAGAAGAGAGGCUUCGGCUGGAACAGCAAAAGCAGCAGAUAAUGGCAGCUUUAAACUCACAGACUGCCGUGCAGUUCCAGCAGUAUGCAGCCCAGCAGUAUCCAGGGAACUACGAGCAGCAGCAGAUCCUCAUCCGCCAGUUGCAGGAGCAGCACUAUCAGCAGUACAUGCAGCAGCUGUAUCAAGUCCAGCUCGCACAGCAACAGGCAGCACUACAGAAACAACAGGAGGUAGCAGUAGCUGGGGCAUCUUUGCCUCCAUCAUCAAAAGUGAAUGCAGCUGUACCAGGUGGUGAUAUGAUGCCAGUUAAUGGACAGGCCAAAACCCACACUGACAGCUGUGAAAAAGAACUUGAACCUGAAGCUGCAGAAGAAGUCCUAGAGAAUGGACCAAAAGAAUCUCUUCCAGUAAUAGCAGCUCCAUCCAUGUGGACGCGACCCCAGAUCAAAGACUUUAAAGAGAAGAUUCGGCAGGAUGCAGAUUCUGUGAUUACAGUGGGCCGAGGAGAAGUAGUCACUGUCCGAGUACCCACCCAUGAAGAAGGAUCAUAUCUCUUUUGGGAGUUUGCAACAGACAAUUAUGACAUUGGGUUUGGGGUAUAUUUUGAAUGGACAGACUCUCCAAACACGGCUGUCAGUGUGCAUGUCAGUGAGUCCAGCGACGAUGACGACGAGGAGGAAGAAAACAUGCAUGGUGAAGAUAAAGUAAAAAAGAAUGCCAACAAGCCUCUGCUGGAUGAGAUUGUGCCUGUGUACCGACGGGACUGUCAUGAAGAAGUGUAUGCUGGCAGCCACCAAUAUCCAGGGAGAGGAGUCUAUCUCCUCAAGUUUGACAACUCCUACUCUUUGUGGAGGUCAAAAUCAGUCUACUACAGAGUCUAUUAUACUAGAUAAAGAUGUUGUUACAGAGUCUAGGGUUGGGCAGAAGAUGGCAUUUAAUUUGAUUUUCUUUUAUUCCUUUUUUAAACUUUUGUGGAGCAUUGCAGUCUGUGUUUACCCUACUGAUUUUGGCCUGAUGGCUUGUGAACUCUUGUCAAGAAGCAGGAUUUCCUAGAGACUCUUCAGCAUUAAUACUUUGGGGUUAAAGGGAUUCCUGAGAUUCAUCCAGCCCUAGAUGCUAACCAGCAAAGUUACUAGUGGAUACUGAAGUUAUCAAGCUCUGUUAAAAAUUUGCUAAAGUAUCCAAAAUAAAAUAUCCCAACAUCUUCCCCCA